CGGCGGGCUGUUGCCGGGAGGAGCGGGGCGUUCUGGUCGUUUAGCUUUCCCUGUGCGGUCUCGGCGGGUGCUCUCUCCCCUCCCCUGCACCUGGCCUGGGCCUGGGCCCAUCUUCUCAUUUCCCCAAGUUUCCAGGCAUAUUGGAAAUGGAAGAUAUCAAAAGCACCCCCAGGAGACAGAUACCUCCAGGAUCAGUGGGGCAGGAGCCCCGUGUGAAUGCCAACUCCCCAGUGACCAGACAUAAGAGCCCAGCUGCCACCCUAGCUUGUCCCAGGCCUGACUUCAACACCAGAGCUACCAACACCCCUCAUGAGCCUGGUGGGGCUGCUAGGGAGAGCCUGCCAGAGACUGAGGUCAAACUUGAGUUUUUGGAUCUGGAGGAGAAGACCUGCAGUGGUCACAGAAGGAAAAUCAGAUCCUCUGGCUCCAAAAAGAAGCGCGAAAGGGACUUGUCCCUGCAAAGAAGCAGCCCCUGCCCCCUGCCCAAUGGCACAUUGAUCCCUUCACCUGACGUGGACCAAGUUUUCCUGGAGAAGCAGGUAGAAGGUGCCCUUGGCUUGCCUGUCUGUGUCGGGAAGAGAAAAACUCGCUCCCUGGGGAGGUCUGGUCUUCACCCUGCCACCUCCCGUGCAAAAUGCCGGACCAGCUCUGGGCAGAGUAAGCUGAAAGGAGACUCUGGAGCCCAUGGCUGCAAACUUGUACCUGGACAGGAGCCCCCUGUACGGCCUGAGAAGAGGAAGGUGUCUAGGCAGAAGGCAUGUGGAUGGAGAGAGGAGGGGGAUAAGACAGGAAAGAAGGCAAGGACCCUGCGGUGCAGUGCCAGCUGUACCCCCUCUGCAUCAGCUCUGGGCCAGCCUCCCCAAGUGGCUGGAGAAGACAGAUUGGACAGGGUGGAGGUGAACCAGCCUAAGGAGAAUGAUGAAGCCAGGGAAGCCGACAUCCUCAUGGCCCAUCUGGCCAGAGAUGGGCGGCAUCUUAAGAAGUGGAAGAAAAAACAUUUGCUUCCUGGCAUGAGGGAGAAGGUGGGGUCCCAGCAGAGCCUCCAGGAGCCCCCCUGCUUGAGGAAGCUGGUCAGAGAUAUAAAAGCAGAGACCCAGGACUUGGAUUCUGUGCCACAUUCCCUAGGCCCUCUUCAUACCGCGGGUCCAAAGCCCAUUCUAGACAUCAGGCAGUUCUUUACUGUCGACUUGAAGAACACCUGCCGGAUCAUCUGUGCACUGUGUCACACUGGUGUCAAACGGAGCAGAACCAUGGGGUGGUCCCGAGUCUCAGGCCUUGUCCGUCACUUGGCCAGUAAGCAUGGACUGGAGUGGGAGAGAAGGCCAGCUGUGGGCAGCCCAAGUGAAGGGGCAGGAGAGGUAGAGCAGGCACAGCAGAAGGCCUUGCCCACUGGAGCUGCCACCCUUGCCUCAGGGGAGCUCCCAGAUACCGCGCCCUUGGGAAGCAGCAGCAACAGAGAGCUGGCCCUGGGUGGACCCGAGCAGCUGCUCCCAGUCCCACCACCCCUGGCUAUUUCCCCCGUAGCAGACAAACAGAGUGGCGCAUAUGCCCCCAGUCAGCCCUGCACACAGGCGUGGAACCACAGCAUUGCAGAGCUGCUUUGUAGCCUGACCUUGCCACUCUCCUUUGUUUCCUCCCAGCCCUUCAGAAGGUUCAUGGCUCAGGUGGACCCUUGCUACCACCUGCCUUCCCCGGGCUUCUUCUCUGACAAAGCCUUGCCCCUGCUCCAUGAAGCCAUGGGGGAGCAAGUGCUUCAGGAGAUGCAGUGGGCUGAGGGUGGCCAUAUUCACCUCACCACCUCCAUGAUGACCCAGGAUUCACUGGUAAACUAUGUGGCCAUCACUGCCCACUGGGUGCUGACCCAGAAGUACAGCAGGUCUGUGACAUCAGGAAGCCUGAGGAAGCGAGCCGUGCUCUGGGUCCGAGGCCUACCUCUGGAGAGAGCUGCAGAGGACAGACAGCCAGAACUACUGGAGCAGAUCAGCCUGUGGCUGUGCCGCAGUUCCCUGAGAGCUGGUUUCCUGGUGUCAGGUGGCUGUCCCAGCCUGGAGCAGGCAGUGAGAGCUGAGGGUUAUAACCACAUACCUUGUUUCGCUCAUUGCCUUGACUCUCUGGUGAGCGACUUUCUUUGUCACCAUAAUAGUGUUCAGAUCAUUCUGGGGACAGCCAGGGCCAUCUUCAGCCACUUCCAAGGCUCUCCUGAGGCCCGGAGGCUCCUCAGCCAGCUCCAGCAGCAGUGCGGCCUUCCAGCGCAGCAGCCCUUUGAGGAGCUCUCAGAUCACUGGGUCUCUGCUUACCGCUUGAUGGAGUGGGUAGUGGAACAGCAGCAGGCCCUGCAGGUGUAUGCAGAGAGACAGCAGCCCGGCAAGGCCAGCACUGCCCUGUCAACCAUGUUUUGGAGCCUGGCAGACAGUCUCGUCAAGCUUUUGCAGCCCUUCCAAAUGGUGGUUUGUGAGGCCAGCACAGCACAGGCGUCCCUAAGUCAGGUGCUGCCCCAACUGCGCUAUCUGCACAUCUUCCUGGAGCAGGUCCACAGACACUUUAUGGAGCAGAGUGGUGGGGAGGUGGGUGUGGCCUUGCGGCUGGCUGAGGGCUUGGCCCUGCAGCUCUCUACAGACUGUCAGCUCAGUGAGCUCUUUCAUCGUGAGGAGUUUGUGCUGGCAACCCUGCUGGAUCCCCGCUUCAAGGGUAAGGUCGAAGCCAUCCUGCCUGUUGGAGCUGACAUUGACCACUGGAAGCAGGUUCUUGUGUACAAGGUGAAGGAGAUUAUGGUAUCUGAAUACUCCUUGCCUGCCUUUGGCACCAUGCAGAGCGCAAGGGGCAUUCGUGUGGGUGCUACCAGAAUAGGCAGGAGCCCCGGGGCCAAGGGGAAGGGCCAAAAGGAGCCUCUGCAGGGAAGUGGGGACUCCAGCUCUUUCCUGCUGGUCCAGAGGGAGAAGAGCUUGCUGGAGCAGUUGGAAAGUGUGGGAUUGCUGGCCUCUGAGAAGAGCGGGGCCUCACUCUCCACCGAAAACCACCUGGCUAGUGUCAUGGUCAGGAAGUACCUGCGGGAGAAUGAGACCAUCGGGGCCCAGGAGGAUCCACUGGCUUACUGGGAGAAGAAGCGUGAAGCCUGGCCGGCCCUGGCUAGGCUGGCCUCCAUCUAUCUGUCUUGCCCGCCCACGGGAGCCUUCUGUGAAGGUGUCUUUACCUCCCUAAACAGCCCCACCAUUACAGAACCAAACCCUCCUCUCAAAGUGGAGACCAUUGAGCACCUGCUCUUCCUGAAGACCAACCUGGAGAGCUUCCCCCACUACACUCCACCGCCCCUCGUCUCCAGUACUGGCCCAGCUGAGGGGGAGCAGACCCUGUAGCCUGCCUGGUGUGUCUUGGUAGGCAGACUUGGGUGUACAUGUGGAUUCCUCAGGAGCACCCACAGUCUGCUGCCCUCAGGACUUACCUCGGCAGCCCCGCAGUAUAUAGGGGUGGGGAGUCAAGAGUUAGAUCCUACUCAUCAGAAUCUUCAGUCUGUUUGGAGAGAAUGGGGACAGCUUCUUGGUCCUCGACAGAGUGCCACAUUCAUUUUUGGGGGAAGUCAUUUUCCAUCCCUGCAUUGUUCCAUUCUUACCUACCAUGUGCAUAAGAAAGGUUUAUUGGGUUUAUCCAUGGCUGUGAGUAGUACUAGGCAGUUUUAUAAACUCAGCCUGUAUUGGAAUACUGGUUUAUAUUAAGGGCCUUGUAUAUGGCUUAUCCACGUGGCUGUGUGGAUGCAUGCCCUCAAAGAGCAGCCUUAAAGAGCAGCCAGGGACGGGGAGGCCUGUUGAUGAGGGAAUGUUGGCCUGGGUGAGCUUGCACAUUUCUUCGGAGAAGAAACCCUAGGUAGAGGGGUCAUCUUAGGCAUGUGCGUGCACGGACAUGCACGCACGCACACAUACACACCAGUCCUGGGGAUUUUAGAGUGGCCAGAAUACACCCCUGAUGGGUGAAACUGAC